AUGUCUGAGUACGGAGUUCUCGCGGAGCGCAACAUCGAGCGAGUUUCGUUUGGCGACUACGACUUCAAUACCUGGUACGGCAACGGCGCGUAUUUUUCUCCCGGCUCGAGCGACUUGGGCGUCGACUGCUGCAUAUCCGGUCGACGGAAAAGCGCGCCAGUUCGCGCGCCCCAUUUUUGGCUCGACUGUCUCUAUGUGUGCGACUUUUGCUUCAAAUACAGUACAGACCGCGCCCUAAUGGCUCAGCACCGCGCCAUCUGCCCGCUCAAUAAGGCAUACCCGCCGCUUGGAACGUUGGUAUACGCUGACUCAAAAUCACGGCGCGUCAUCAAAAGGAUCCGCGGUUUCCGCCACGAACUCUUCUGCCAGAACUUGGCGCUUUUCGGCAAGCUUUUUCUAGACGACAAGUCCGUCUAUUACAAUGUAGACGCCUUUGACUUCUAUGUGGUGUAUGCGCCUGAGACAAAUCACGAUGCGGGCGAGCGCGCACGCCUAAAGCCCAUGGGCUUUUUCUCCAAAGAGGUGAAUGCCUGGGACGAAGACAAUAACCUUGCAUGUAUCUGUGUUUUCCCGCCGUUCCAGAGGCUUCGCUUGGGGUCUUUACUAGUGGAGUUUCUGUAUGCUUUGGCGCGAGUCACCCCCGGCCAAGCUCGCCUGGGGCCAGAAUUCCCGCUCUCGCCUUUUGGCCAGGCAACAUAUCUUCGAUUCUGGGCUAAACGCCUUGCGUUUGUGAUCUGGAAUGAUUUUUCUACUGCAGAAAGUGUGUCGCUACGAGAUUUGGCCGACAAAACAGGCUUUCGAAAAGACGACUGUUUACUAGCAUUGGAAUACAUGGGUGUUCUAUUCGAGGCCGAAGAGGUGAUUUUGGAGCGUCGUGCUCUCAGAGGUUGGUGCGACGCCAAUAAUGUGGAUCCCACUGUACUUGCAACCUCGCUUGACCCGGCUGGUAUUCUUUUCUGA